CCCCUGACCAUUCCAACGCGCGGAGGCGGGGUUUCCCGGGCUCACGGCGCAGGGGCAUGAUCGCUCGCGGUCUCCGCGUGACGUCGGCAGCUUGGUUGCGAGGAAUGGCGACGCUGAGACGCAAUAUGAUUGGGGUGUGCCAGCUGACCAGCACAGGCGACAAGGAGACAAACUUCGCCGAGUGUCAGGCGCUGGUGAGGGAGGGGGCCGAGCGAGGGGUCAAGUUCCUCUUCCUCCCCGAGGCCUUCGAUUACGUGGCGCCCUCUCAGGGGCAGACCCUCAGCCAGGCUGAGACCCUGGAGGGGGAUCUCAUCCAGCGGUACCUCCACUUGGCCAGGGAGACAGGCCUCUGGAUGUCUCUGGGAGGAUUUCACGAGCGAAGCAGGGACUGGGAGCAGGACCAUCGCAUCUACAACACCCAUAUCCUCAUCAACAACUUGGGGGAAAUCGCAGGGGUGUACCGUAAAACCCACCUCUUCGACGUCGACAUCCAAGGCCAGCUGGCGAUGAAGGAGAGCAGCUACACCAUCCCCGGGCCUGCCAUCGAACAGCCUGUCAACACACCGAUUGGGAAGGUGGGCCUUGCAACCUGCUACGACCUUCGUUUCCCUGAAAUGUCGCUCGUCCUGUCUCAAGCAGGAGCUGAAAUCCUGACCUUCCCUUCGGCGUUCACUUUGACAACCGGCCUGGCUCAUUGGGAGCCCCUGCUCCGGGCCCGUGCUAUCGAGACCCAGACGUACGUGGUAGCAGCAGCACAGACCGGGAAGCACAAUGACAAACGCACGUCGUACGGCCACAGCAUGGUGGUGGAUCCCUGGGGCUGUGUGGUCGCUCAGUGCCAUGAGGGGAGGGACAUUUGCUACGCUGAGAUUGACCUGGAGUACGUUCACGCUGUCAGACGGGACAUGCCUAUCAUGGAGCACCGCAGGACUGAUCUGUAUGGGCGGCUGAAUCCCCUGCCCACACACACCGGUGACCACUGACCUCCAGGCAGGAGUGCUGACUGCUCCUGCUCCACAGGACAGCAUGCAGACUGACUGCGAUUGUUCGUAUCAUAAUCAAUCAUUAAAAUACCAGCACAAAGUACACCCCUCCACUGACAAA